AACAAACACCCCUCCAGCGUCAAAUCAACAAAAUAUUUUCCAGGUUGCUCAAUCUCGAGUCUUGGUUUCAAACAACGAGCCGGCGAUCGCGACAGCCUGAGUGCCCCCCCCUUCACAAUAAUCCGCGGGUGCGGCUACGCGCAGCCGAGACCCUUUGCGAGUCAUUGUUGAUUGCUGCCCGCCUGUUAAUCGCUUUUUCUGGGAGGAUCCUGUCCUUGUGCCACCCGGGCACCGCCAAUAUUUAUUAAUAUCCCUCCUUCUGGAGGAGAUCGAUCAUGACAUAUCAAACGCCUCGGCGCCUCAACGGGGUGCGUCCAUCUGUCGGGUCGCACCAUCUGAACAACAUAAACACAACAUCGAGCCCUAACUUGAAUCUCGCCGCAAGCACCACGAUGGCUCGGAAAGCGUCCCUCAAUGCCCUCGUGGGUCAUCCGACUACCCCUGGCUCGAAUGGCGAUAUCGAUGUGGGAGACACGGUGGAUGUCCCUGGUGGAAUGCAUGGGACGGUCAGGUUCAUCGGUUCCGUCAAGGGGAAGCAGGGCACUUUCGCAGGUGUGGAAUUGAGCAAAGAAUACGCUUCAAGAGGAAAGAAUGAUGGUGAUGUAGAAGGGAUCCGCUACUUUCAAACCUCCGUCUCAAACGCCGGGAUAUUUCUCCCCGUCCACCGCGCGACGAAGCGCACUUCGCUUCCAUCCGAUGCCUUUCCACCAACUCCGACCACUCCCUCCUUCGGUAGCUUCAACCUUGGAAGCAACGGCACCGCGAACAAUACACACAGCCGUUCGCCACCAACGCCGUCCGUCCCGAAGUUCUCCCAGUCCGUCGGACCCGGCGUACGAGCUCCCUCACCGCAAUUCAAGCCUAAGAACCGUCCGUCGCUUCCUCGCCCCGAGUCUCCUUUGCGCAAGACGCCUGCGCUGCACCCCCCUUCUAGCCGCGCGCCGUCUCUCGGAGGAUCCAAUCUUUCCCGGUCGCAAAUCGGACAACCUCGACCGACGGCAUCGCCGGGGUCGCGGGCGGUGACUCCGAAAGCGAGGACACCGGGCCCGCCGAGGCCGUACUCGCGCAAUAACUCGCGAUUGGGCCAAUACGGUGCCAUCGACGAAGAUGCGGAGACGACGCCCACUGCUGUUAAGGCUGCUCGCGCUAAUACUGAGGAAGUGGGACGUCUAAAGAAGAAGCUUGAAGAGCGAGAUUUCCAAUUGAAAGAGCAGGCGGCGAGUUUAGCGGAUAUGGAGGCGACUAUGAUCGAGCUACAGACCUUGAUACCAGAAGCUGGCGGGACAACAGACCUCCCGCACGGGGAGGGUACCGACGUCGCGCAGCUCCGAGUUAUGCUGAGGGAGAAGAAUGAGAAGAUCAGCAUGCUCACUGCCGAAUUUGACGCCCAUCGCGCCGACUUCCGAUCCACCAUCGACACCCUGGAAAUGGCUAGUACCGAGACCGAGCGCGUUUACGAGAAGAAGGUGGAGGAACUCGCGCAUGAGCUUCAUGCUAUUCAAAUGCAGAAGGCAAGCAAUCCAACUCCGCCGGGAGACGAAGACCUGGCGACCGUCGCGAUGCAGUUAAAGCAGCUGGAAGAGCUCGUUGCCGAACUGGAGGAAGGGCUAGAGGAUGCGCGACGGGGAGAAGCUGAAGCGAGAGGCGAGGUGGAGUUCUUGAGAGGUGAAGUCGAGCGUGGACGAAGCGAGUUGAAGCGAGAACGGGAGAAAGCCGCGAAAGCUCUGAAAGCUGCCAGUGGUGGUGCGGUCGACGGCAGAGGGAACAGAGACAGCAGGGAAAUCGAACAACGAGACGACGAGAUCCGCGGUCUGAAAGCAAUCAUCCACUCUCUGAGCAGCGGUGGCGAUUUUGCGACGUCUCCUCAAGCAGACAAGCACAGUCGCGCAAACGGAGUGAGCGGCAUUGACCCGGGCGAAUUCGAGCAGAUGAAAAAAACCGUCGAACACCUCGAGCGCGAGAGAGGCGAGCUCCAAGGCCUCGUGGAGCGCAAGGCCACCCGCGAAGAAGAGCUGGAACGGGAGCUGGAGCGCCACCGGAAAUACGGUUCCGGUAGCGUGGGCAGCACCGGAGCGGGUAGCAGUACGCCUCGCAACAGCAAUGCGUUUGCGUCUCGCGAUUCCAUCACCAGCGCCAACACCGUCGUGCAUGAUACCUCCGCCAGCAAAGACCGCGACUCCCGCGGUACCACCUCCUGGCGCGGCCGCUCCGCCAGCCUGACCUUCCGCGACCGCGCGAACUCGAACCCCAACACCCCGCGCGGCCAAGAACCCGCUAGCAAACCCCUCGAGCCGAUGCCUGAAUCCGACGCCGCCAGCAUCGACCAGUCGGAGAACACCAGCGCCGCCGGCGACGCGGGCACGUGGUGCGAGAUCUGCGAGUCGGCCGGGCACGACAUCCUCAACUGCUCCGCCGCAUUGGGGACCACGGGGUCGGCCAGCGCCGGCGCGAGCCAAACGCCGGUGGCCAACACCCGCCCUAGGGAUGCGAGCCCAGUGGAUAUGACGCCUGCGCCGUUGCAGAGCUGGAAGACGGCGUCCGCUCUCCGGUCGUCUGGUAGCGCGCCGAGAGCCGCUGCACCGGCGCCAGAGAUGGAGAAGUCGGAGAGAGAGGUCUCGAUGCCGAACCCGUACGACAGCAGCCUUGUGAAGGGCAAGAACGCCGACGCGGCGGAUCCGAUGAAGUGGUGCGCGCUGUGUGAGCGAGAUGGGCACGACGUGACGGAUUGUCCGUUUGAAGACGUCCUUUAAAGUUAGUGGAGGAUUCCCAUCGCCUCUCCCCCGAAGUGUCAGAUUUCGUUCGGUUCAUGCAUAGGUGGUGUUCUGACUUGGAGGAGAUCGGUGCUGUCGAGCCAGCAUGGUCAGGAACCCCUUUACGAUACCUUAUAUACCCCCUUUGCACCUCAGCGCCGUUUAAAUGAUACGAGUAAAUAAUCUACUGUAAUAUUCGAUUCUGAAAAUGGAUUCUCCCGGGUUCUCUGCAGCCGUGUUAUAAAUUGGAUGGUUCGGCUGGGAUAGUCAAAUGCCCGCGUGUUACGAGUAUAAGUAGUCUAAAGAGAAC